UUGACACCUCUUCAAAGCAAAAUAUUUCGUUUUUUUGAAAGAUCCGAUUGCUCAGGUUGCUUCAGAUUAUUUGGUGGAACCACUCAAACUACUACUGCAGCAGUUGCUCCAACAACUUCAGAGACCGUCACUACCACAGCUCCAUUGUUAUUUGGUAGCACUGCAACUCCUGCUCCGUUGUUUGGAGUUGGUCAAAACAUUACCACAGCCUCACCUCAGCCAAGCGUUGCAGCAGGUGUUGUUACUACAGCUGCUCCUCUUUUCCCUUCACUGGCCACUCCAAGUGUUCCUGCAGCUACUGCAACUACCUGGUCAGCUGGUUUACCCCUUCAACAGGUCUCCUCUCUGCCCACAGCUACUGCUCCACCAACCAUUACAACGACUUCAACAACUGGUGCAUUGUAUAUUUGCUUCAGACCUGUAACGACAGCUGCACCCGCUACAGUUCCAAGUCUUUUUGGAUUUGCCAGGACUCAGCCUACGACUUCAGUUUCGUCAACUGUGACGACAAGUUCCUCCAGUUUCCCACCAGCUUCAGUUAUACCUGCUGACAGUACGCAAAGAACAACUACGGCGCCGGCUGUUACUGCUGUAUCCAUUGCGCCUUCUACAACUGUAGCCACAACAACUACUUUAGGUGGUGUCGUGACAUCCACGGCUUCAAAUGUUGUGAAGUUAGUUACCAAACCAAUGCAGUUUACUCAAAUAGAACAGCUGCUGAAUAGGCUAACACUGGAUGUAGAAACUCAGGAACGGCUCUUUAUGAACCAGGUUUUAGAACUCAAUGCAUACGAUCGUGUGCUUCUUGACUACCUGGCACAACAGCAGAGUGAAUUAGAUGCCGUAGUGACUGAACUUGAGAAAUCGUUAGGUCUAGACGAUUGGACCGAAAUGAAUCCCAUUGGUCUUCCUGACCCGUCGAUGGCGACACAAGCAGAUAUUCAGCGACAGGCGAUGUAUGAUUUUUCGAGGAAAUAUUUCUUUUAUUUGUUAAGUGUUGUACUCUUUCUCUGUAUAUAG